AUGGCCACUGAAAACAGGACUAGACCGAGUAUGGCAAAGGUUAGAGUGGAAGUUGAUCUAAAUAAGCCAAAAAUUGACUCUGUUUGGAUUGGUAUAGAAGAUGAGGAUAGUCCGUUGAAAGGUUUCACUCAAAAAUUUGAGUAUGAGAAUGUACCAAAGUUUUGUAGACACUGCAAAUUAAUUGGUCAUACUAUUUUACAAUGUAGACAUGCUGAAAAAAAGCAAGCUGAGGCUAAAGAUAAACAAAAAGCUGAAGAGGUAAAAGAGGAUGGGGAAAAAGAGAACGAUAGCCACAGUGAGAUUCAACAGUCCAAGGACAGUAUCAAGGACAAUGCACAGGUGAAAAAUGAUGGAAGGAAAAAUGUGGAAAACAAAAAUCAAAGGGAAGAAAUCAUAGAGAAUGGACAACAGACAAAGGAGAGGGAGGAAGCUCUUACCAUUAAUGAGAGGAUCAAAACCAAGAAGAAGAAAAAAGAAGUUUAA